UUGUUGUGUGGGGUACCCCACAAGCAGCUUUUUGUCUAUUAUUUUAAUAUUACACACUCCUUUUUACUCUUAACACCCCCAUCAACCAAGCAAUGUUCUUUUGUAGUAGUACAUAAAUAUUUUCAUCAAGAGGGUCUUCUCUUUUUCCUUUCAUUGCUUUGACAGUAAUGAUUUCCUUUCUGUUAAGGGUACCAAUGUUGUGGAAUCUUAGGAUGAGGUUGUUGUUUUGAAUGUACAAAAGUAGCAAUUAUAGCACAAAACAAAAUCAUGAAUGCACGAGUGUUUUCAUCAUUGAUGUGUUUUUAGAAGAUAGUACAAUAGAAAUAUUUUUUACUCUUUAUUAACCCUUUUCUUUUUCACUCUUCAUUCUCUCAUAUUGUCUUUGGUUUUUGUGUUUGUUUGUUUUUCUUUUUUGUUGUGUGUUUUUUUCUCAAUGUCUCAACAAAGACAACCUCAUAUGGUGAGUGGUAACAAUAAUCAAGACCAAUAUAAUGACACAACAUUUACCAAAUUAUUUGUUGGAGGGUUAGCUUGGGAAACUCAAAGGGAAACAAUGAGAAUGUAUUUUGAACAAUUUGGAGAGAUCUUAGAAGCUGUUGUUAUCACUGAUAAGUAUACUGGAAGAUCUAAAGGUUAUGGUUUUGUGACAUUUAAGGAUCCAGAAGCAGCUAUAAGAGCAUGUCAAAAUCCAUCUCCAGUUAUUGAUGGAAGAAGAGCAAAUUGCAAUAUUGCUUCUCUUGGUGCUAACAAGAAUCGAUCACUAACUCUUCACCAUGGAAGGUUUAGGCCUCCACAUGGAGUGGUACCAUCAGUUCCUUAUCAUGGUUCUUCAUCCACAGUUUUCCAUCAACCCACUAGACAGUACACAUUUCCUUAUUCAGCAUAUGGAUAUUCUGGAUAUUCACAAGACACAUUGUAUCCUGCGAACUAUUACAAUGUCUAUGGAGUUCAACAAUAUUCACCUUACUACCCAGCUGUUGGAGCUUCUGGGGCAAUGGGUUUGGUCCAAAAUAUGUACCCUUACUAUGGUCAAUAUGCACAAAAUAUCCAUGGUCAUGGUUUUGGAGUUCAAUACCCACAAAUGACACAAAUUCCAGUUUUGCCUCAGCAUUAUGGGUCACAAGGAAUAUUGACAAUUCCUUCUUCAGUUACAAUCCCAACCAUUAGUGCUGCAACAGUAACUGCAACCACUACUACAAUAGCAGCACCUGUGGCAGUAACAAGGGUUGGUACUUCACAAGCCUCUGGAACAGAUACUGAACAACAACAUUCUACAUCUUGAUCAUGGUUGUCUUACAAAUUACAAGGCUAACCAACAUUCUCAAUUCAUCAUGAAAAAAAAAAAUCACCAUCAUCAUCAUGAUCAUCAUAAGGGUUUUUAUUUUAGGAAAAUAGGUUUUUUUUUUUUUUAAAAUAGAUGUAGGGAAGAUCAUAUUCAUUCAUGUAUUCAGCAUAGGGUAGAAUCUAAUUAUUUAAACUUUGGAUUCUACCUUCUAGAGUAAUUCAACUAUUGAUUAUGUCUUGGGUGUUGGAAGCAUCCAAUGACAUAAUGGUCCUUUGUUUAUAUUUUAGUACAUAGGGUUAAAAAGAUUGAUUUUAUAUCUUUGAACCCUUUAUUGGUUGGUCAAUUAGAAAGUAAAAGUUGAGCUUCGGUAGCUCAAUAGGUUUAUAUGUAUUUUAUUUUUCAUGUCAUUCAUGAUUUUAAUAUUA